CUAACGUAACAAUGGGAAAGAUCGUAUUCUACGAGGACAGGAAUUUCCAGGGUCGGCACCAUGAGUGCGUGAGCGACUGUGCUGACCUGCACACGUACUUCAACCGCUGCAACUCCAUCCGGGUGGAGAGCGGCUGCUUCAUGGUGUACGAGAGGCCCCAGUACCUGGGCCACCAGUAUUUCCUCCGCCGGGGGGAGUACUCCGACAACCAGCGCAUGAUUGGCAUCAACGACUGCAUCCGCUCCUGUCGCAUGAUUCCCACGCACCGUGGUUCCUACAAAAUAAGACUCUAUGAGCGUCCAGACAUGGGCGGCCAAAUGCAGGAGGUGAGCGACGACUGCCCCAACGUCCAGGACCACCUGCAUAUGUCUGACAUUAACUCGUGCAACGUGGUCGACGGCCACUGGCUGAUGUACGACCAGCCCAACUACAGGGGAAGACCCUACUACGUGAGGCCCGGCGAGUACCGCAGAUACAGCGACUGGGACGGUGUCAGUCCGAGGAUCGGCUCGCUCCGGCGAAUCACCGACUUCAACUAGAAGUCUUUCAGAAAAACCUUCCUCCUCUCUCUGUUCUCAAUAAACAU